AUGCCCAUCCCUUUCCUGGCCAGCGUCCUGCUGGAAGAGUACCCGCCAUGGCUCCCCGAGCCGCGGGUGCUCCUCAAGGCCGGCAGCGCCCUGGCCGCGCUGGUGCUGACCAAGAAGUACUUUGCCGGCUCGUCCAACCCGGCCGAGCGGGACCUGCACGGCAAGGUCAUCAUGAUUACGGGCGGCACGUCGGGCAUCGGCGCCGUGACGGCCAUUGAGCUCGCCAAGCGCGGCGCCCAGAUCAUCCUCCUGACGCGCCAGCCCGCCUCGGACCCCUUCAUCGUCGAGCUGGUCGACGACAUGCGCGACAAGGCCGGCCACCAGAUGGUCUACGCCGAGCAGGUCGACCUCGAGUCGCUGUACAGCGUGCGCAAGUUCGCCACGCGCUGGGUCGACAACGCCCCGCCCCGCCGCCUCGAUGCCAUCGUCCUGUGUGCCGCCACCCUCACCCCGGGCGGCAAGCCGCGCGAGGAGACGGAGGAGGGCGUCGAGCGCGACUGGCAGGUCAACUUCCUGGCAAACUACCACCUGCUGGCCAUCCUCAGCCCCGCCCUGAAGAUCCAGCCCUUUGACCGCGACGUCCGCGUCAUCAUUGCCACCUGCCCGUCUUGCCGGCGGCGGCGCCACCCCGAAGGGCUUGCGGUGCCGGGCGCCGCCACAUGGUCUCCGGGCGCGGCGUACGCGCGCAGCAAGCUCGCGCUCAUGACGUUCGGUCGGGCCUUCCAGAAGCACCUGGACUCGUACAAGCGGCCCGACGGCCUGCCCAUGAACGCGCGCGUCUUCUUCGUCGACCCGGGCCACUGCCGCACGGCGGGCAUGACGCGCUGGAUCACGCGCGGCUCGCUGUGGGGCCUGCUAGCCUACGUGGGCCUCUACCCGGUCUCGUGGCUGUUCCUCAAGAGCGCCGAGGGCGGCGCGCAGUCGAUCCUGUACGCGCUCAUGGAGGGCUCCCUGCUGCGCGGCCCCGGCGGCAGGCUCAUCAAGGAGUGCAGGGUCGUCGACUUUGCCCGCACCGACCUCGACGACAAGGCCGCGGCCAAGGAGCUCUGGGAGUCCUCCGACGCCCUCAUCGAGAAGACCGAGAAGGAGCAGGCCAUGGUGCGGGCCAGGAGAAAGAAGGACAAGAAGAGGGCCAAGGACGAGGAGGAGAAGCUGCGCGAGAAGGAGGAGAAGGCCCAGGAGAUGGAGGCGCUGGCCGAGGCCAUCAAGAAGAACAAGGCCGCCAAGGAGGCGCAGAAGGGCAAGGGCAAAGAGAGGGAGAGCAGGGAGAGCAGGGAGAGCAGGGAGAGUAGGGAGAGGGAGAGGGAGAGGGAGAGGGAGAGGGAAUCGAAGGACAGGGAGCCCAGGGAGCCCAGGGAGCGAGAGUCCAAGGAGAGUGACCUCGGGGAAGUGGAAAGCAGCGACCGGGAGCACAAGGAGCAUAGGGACAAGGGCAGGGAGCAUAGGGACAGAGAGCACAGGGACAGAGAGCACAGGGACAGAGAGCACAGAGGUAGGGAGCACAAGGACAGGCACCGGGAGUCCAAGGACAGGGAUCGCAAAGGAAAAGACAAGGAGAGCAGGAAGGGAAAGGACAAGGAGGAAAAGUACACGGACGAGCCCAGCCUUAAAAAGCGCGGAUCGCAGGAAAGCCUGAGGAGAAAGAGCUCCAAGGAAAGCCUGAGGGGAGAGAAGGGCUCUUCGUCGCGUUCACACCGAAAGUAG